CGAAAAAAACUGAUCAGGCCAUAAAAUAACGAUCAUCAAAUAUCAAUGUCACUUUUUUUCGAAUGGCAAUAAUUUCUUUCGUUUGAUUCACUAUUAAGAAUUUUAUUCAAAAAAAUCAUUUAAAAAUUAAAAAUUUAAAAUGUCAUAUCGUCGAUUAAUUAUUGGUAAUUCAUUACUUCGUCAACAUUUACAAAAUGAUUCGAUUCGAUCAUCAUUAUCAUUGAAUAUUCAUCGUUCACUUUCAUCAUCGAUUCCAAAAACAAAAUUAUUCAUUGAUGGAAAAUUUAUUGAUUCCAAAUCAAAAGAAUGGAUCGAUUUACAUGAUCCGGCUACAAAUCAAGUAAUAACACAGGUACCAAAAUCAACACUUGAUGAAAUGAAUGCAGCUGUUAAUGCUGCACGACAAGCAUUUAAAACAUGGUCACAAACAUCGAUUCUAACUCGACAACAAACAAUGUUUCGAUUACAGAAUCUUAUACAGAAAAAUACUAAACGUUUAGUUGAAAGUAUUGUACAUGAACAAGGUAAAACAAUGAAAGAUGCUGAAGGUGAUGUAUUGCGUGGUCUUCAAGUUGUUGAACAUGCUUGUAGUGUAACAAGUUUAUUACAAGGUGAAACAAUGCCAUCAAUUAGUCGUGAUAUGGAUACAUAUUCAUAUCGUAUACCAUUAGGUGUUGUUGCCGGUAUUACACCAUUUAAUUUUCCUGCAAUGAUACCAUUAUGGAUGAUACCAUUGGCAAUAGUUUGUGGUAAUACUUGUGUUAUUAAACCAUCGGAACGUGAUCCAGGUGCAUGUAUGAUAUUGAUGGAAAUGAUGGAAGAAGCUGGUAUACCACCAGGUGUUGUCAAUAUUAUUCAUGGACAACAUCAAGCUGUGGAUUUUAUUUGCGAUCAUCCAGAUAUUCGUGCCAUAUCAUUUGUUGGUUCAGAUCAAGCCGGAAAAUAUAUCUACGAACGUGGUUGUCGCAAUGGUAAACGUGUUCAAUCAAAUAUGGGUGCCAAAAAUCAUGGUGUUAUAAUGCCCGAUGCUAAUAAAGAACAUACAUUGAAUCAAUUGAUUGGUGCUGCAUUCGGUGCUGCUGGUCAACGUUGUAUGGCAUUGUCGACGGCUGUUUUUGUUGGAAAAUCUCGUGAAUGGUUACCAGAUUUAGUUGAACGAGCAAAAAAAUUAAAAGUUAGUAAUGGUAUGGAUCCAGAAGCUGAUCUUGGACCAGUUAUAUCACCACAAGCUAAACAACGAAUCUGUUCAUUGGUACAAAGUGGUGUUGAUGAAGGUGCUCAAUUAUUACUUGAUGGUCGAGAAAUUAAGGUACCAAAUUUUGAACAAGGAAAUUUUGUUGGACCAACAAUAUUAUCCGAUGUAAAAACAUCGAUGAAAUGUUAUCGUGAAGAAAUAUUUGGUCCAGUUUUAGUUGUUUUAACUGUCGAUACAUUGGAUGAAGCAAUCGAUUUAAUUAAUCGUAAUCCAUAUGGAAAUGGUACAGCUAUUUUUACAAAUAAUGGUGCAACAGCAAGAAAAUUUACAAAUGAAAUUGAUGUUGGACAAGUUGGAAUUAAUGUACCAAUUCCAGUUCCAUUAUCAAUGUUUUCAUUUACCGGUUCACGUGGAUCAUUUUUGGGUGAUUUAAAUUUUUCUGGGAAAGCGGGAAUUCAUUUCUAUACACAAUGGAAAACCAUAACACAAUUAUGGCGUGAACAAGAUUCAACGGGUUUUGUAUCGGCAACUAAUUUUCCAACAAUGAAAUAAUUUUUUUUUCUCUAAAAGAAAAAAAAUUCUUCCAAUAAUCAAUGGCAA